UACAUUCGACGGGCCCUUUGUUGCAUAGAAUUUAGCAAUGGCCGCAGUGCUCCCUGACACAGCUCAACAGGCUGCUGAAACCAUCCCUGAUGCAUGGGACUACAAGGGCCGCCUCUCCCUCAAAUCCUCUUCCGGCGGCUGGGGCAGCGCUGCCAUGAUUCUUGGGGUGGAGGCGUGCGAGAGGAUGACGACGCUAGGAAUAGUGGUGAAUCUUGUGACGUACCUGACUGGGACCAUGCAUUUGGGCAAUGCAACGGCAGCCAACGAUGUCACUAACUUUCUUGGCACUGCUUUCAUGCUGUGUUUGCUCGGUGGCUUCGUCGCUGAUACUUUCCUCGGAAGGUACUUAACCAUUGGCAUCUUCACCACCAUUCAAGCUACGGGGAUCACUAUUCUGACUAUCUCCACCGUAGUUCCCGGCCUCCGGCCACCGAAGUGCACCGCCGGCAGUCCGUCGUGCAUUCCGGCGAACGGCAAACAGCUAGGGGUCCUCUACCUGGCCCUCUACCUGACGGCCCUCGGAACUGGAGGCCUGAAAUCCAGCGUCUCCGGCUUUGGUUCUGAUCAGUUCGAUGACACAGACAAGAGGGAGACGAAGCAAAUGAUCAAAUUCUUCAACUGGUUCUUCUUCUUCAUCAACGUUGGAUCACUUGUAGCAGUGACGGUUCUUGUGUACAUUCAGGAUAAUGUUGGGAGAGAAUGGGGUUAUGGAAUUUGUGCCUGCGCCAUUGUUGUGGCCUUGGCGGUAUUCUUGGCCGGCACCAGACGCUACCGUUUCAAGAAACUCGUGGGCAGCCCACUGACCCAGAUCGCCACAGUUUUUGUGGCGGCGUGGAGGAAGAGGCACCUCGACGUGCCGUCGGACCCUUCUCUUCUGUUCGACGAUGAUGACAUUGUUGCCGGUGAAGGGCAGCGCAAGAAGAAGAAGCAAAAGUUACCCCACAGCAAAGAAUUCCGUUUCCUAGACAAGGCAGCAGUUAAGGAUUCUCAAGCCGGGGCUGCAUCGACAAACAAAUGGUACCUCUCGACCUUAACCGAUGUCGAAGAAGUGAAGUUGGUGAUCAGAAUGCUGCCUACAUGGGCCACAACCAUAAUGUUCUGGACAGUCUAUGCCCAAAUGACCACAUUCUCAGUCUCACAAGCCACCACCUUGAACCGUCACAUUGGCAGCUUCGAGAUCCCCGCUGGCUCCCUCACGGUCUUCUUCGUCGGGAGCAUCCUCUUGACCGUCCCAAUCUACGACCGUAUCAUUGUCCCCAUCGCCCGUAGGGUUUUAAAGAACCCACACGGCCUAAGCCCCCUGCAACGUAUUGCAGUCGGGCUUGUGUUGUCCAUAGUGGCCAUGGUGGCGGCAGCAUUGACCGAAAUUAAGAGACUUAACGUAGCACGGUCGCACGGUUUGACCCACAACGAGACAGCCACAGUGCCAAUGAGUGUCUUUUGGUUGGUCCCCCAAUUCCUCCUCGUGGGGUCGGGCGAGGCGUUCACGUACAUCGGCCAACUCGAUUUCUUCCUCAGGGAGUGCCCCAAGGGAAUGAAAACCAUGAGCACCGGGUUGUUCCUGAGCACGCUUUCGCUAGGGUUUUUCUUCAGCUCCAUAUUGGUGACAAUUGUGCACAAAGUGACCGGCCACCAGCACCCAUGGCUGGCUGAUAACCUUAAUGAAGGGAAGCUUUAUGACUUCUAUUGGCUCCUGACGGUCUUGAGCAUUUUCAAUCUGAUGAUCUUCUUGUUCUGCGCUAGACGGUACGUGUACAAGGAGAAGAGGCUUGCUGAGGAGGGGAUCGAGAUGGAAGAGCCGGAGGCCACCUUCCAUGCCUAAAUUGCACUUCCGGGCACUUGAUUUUCAACUUCGCCUAUAUAUAUACGUAGGGUUUAUAACUUCUUCAUGUACAAAAAUGAUGUGGAGAAAGAGUCACGUAGACAUGAAAGUGAAGUGACUCUUUUCUUUGGUUUUUGGCUUUCUUUUUUUCUUUUGUUUUUGUCCGUUUUUGUUGUGACUUAGAUAGCCAAAAUAAUGCAAAGGUUGUUUGGCUAAUAAGUACGCCAAAAGGCCGACUACGGAUUCCGCUAAGCGACCAUGUCUGGCUGCACGCAGUGCCGCCCAUACACAUAUAUUUUGUAUGGAAGUGAAGUAUUGGAAUCAUUGUGCUA